AUGCCAGAGACCAAUGAAUGGCAACUUAUGCCAGACAAGGAAGAAUCGGAAGAUUGUGAGGUCCUGGAUCACGAAGUUAGUGAGGAUUUAAGAGAAGAUGAUGAAGAGUCGUUAUCUGGCACACCAAAGUCUAAUGCAAUACUCCUCCCAGCUUUCCAGUGGGAUACAGGUGUCCCACCAGCCAUCCCUAGAGAGCCAAACAUCCAAACUGUCCCAUCAGCGCAGCCAACAGUUGCACCAACAAAGUCUAAUAUAAAACCUACCAUUAUACCAAAACAGAUACAGACAACCAAAGCUACAAUUCUUGAAGCAUACAUCGUGGUCAAUCAUAUCUCAGACGAAGUGAUAAUGAUCUUACUGCUUGGCACAUUCAUAUCAGCAGGUUCAGACGUGGACAUAUGGUGGACGGGCCUAGGAACACCACAGAAAGCCACAUGGAUGCAAGCCAAAGCAGCAUUCCUGGCAAAGUGGCCAGCGAUAGUCGUUGCAGGAAAGAUGCAAAGGGAGCACCAGAAAGACUUACUGGAGUUGUGGUUCAAAGAGGAAGAAUUCCACAACAAGUUAAAGACACUGGUAAAGGAUGCAGUAGAACACAUACCCAUUCUAAUUCAACCAGUCCAGGAGGCACUCUUGCGAGCUCUUAGAGACCUAACAUCAGCAGUGCCCGCAGACUGGGAUGCCUUCCUAAACGAAAUCAAAAGUGUCAAUAUCAAUACCUUACAAGAAAAGGCAAAGAGAGUCAAGGAGAGGAAGGAGGUGGAAAGAGCUCAGAACACACGCAUCACACAGCUGGAAAGUCAACAAGACCCUAUCGAGGUGUUACGUCUACAGAUGCAACAAACAACAAUUGGAUCUAACACACUAACACCAAAAGCAACAAUGCCUUCAAGAACUAUAGGAAACACACCUUCCAGUGUCAUGACACCAUGA